AUGCCGGGCCGGGGCGGUCCUAAGCGGCACCAGCGCCGGGAGGGGAGGGCGGGCCUCUCCACUGGGGACGUCAAGCGCCUUGCGCGGCGCGGGGGCGUGAAGCGGAUCGCGGGGCAGGUCUACGAGACCACCAACGAGACCCUGAGGGCCUGGCUGUCGAGCGUGAUCAAGGAUACCGUCACUCUCGCCGAGCACGCCAGGUCUAUGACCGUGAGACCGCUGCACGUCUUCCUGGCGCUCAAGAGACGCGGCGUCAGCCUCUAUGGCGCUCCCGGCCUCUCGGGGUCCGAGUUCUGCUCGGCGACGUCCCUGCGCGCGAAGAAACGGAUCAAGAAGCCGCUGAACGCCCAGAUCCGCGCCGUCGGCGGCCCGUCCGCGCCCCCCAACGCGGCGACGGACCAGCAGGAGGGUGCACCCGUGACCGCCCCGCGCACGCGGCGCACGCAGGCUGUCCCGCGAGGCACGCCGAUCACGGAGGCUCGCGACGACGACACGCGGCUCCUCGAGGAGCACGAGGUUCAGGAGAUCCAGGAGGCGAUCGCGGAAAUCCUCUCGGGAUCGCCGGGCCUGUGCCUCCCGACAGAAUCCCUGGUGGAGCGCGUCGUCGGGCAGUGCAAGUCGCGGUUCAGGGCGGCGCACGUCCGCGCCGUCCUGCACGCGCUGGAGCGCAUGGAAUCCGUCCACAUCGAGGGCGGGGACGUUUACGCGCUGGUGUAG